CGUCUAUAAUAAGACGUUGUUGAAUGGACCAUUGCGUGGUUUUGGCUGAAUCUGAAGAUCUCCUAUUGCUGAGACCCUCUUUGCACGCAUUAUGGCUCGAUCAGCGACAAGUGAGCACAGCGUAGAGGCUGCUCGCGCAGCUUCCGAGUCUGAAGUCGUCGUAGAAGCCGAGGAAUCCCAGCUGGAAGACGCACCCGGAGCAUUCCCAGACAGUGAGGAAGAAGGCGAGGAUGACGAGGAAACGGAGCUUGAACACGCAGCUAGAGCUGGAAUCCGCCUUCUAGAGGAGAAUGCACAGCUACACGAGGAGCUGCAUCAAUUACAGGAGCAAUGUGCGCAAAUUGAGAGCGAGAAGGACGAACUGCUUCGCCUUGUAGCCGAGAAAGAGCAGAAGGAAAGACAACUAUCUGAUCAUCUGCGUGAAUGCAUCCGAGAGAAUCAGGGCGUCUUAUCGGAGCUUAGCAAGGCCAAGGAGCAGAUAGACGAGUUGAAGACGCAGCUCCAACUUCACCAAGCCCAGACAAGCCGUCGAUCACCUGGUAAGAGACGUGCUAAGCGUUCAUCUCCACGUCUCAAACUGCAGCUACAACUGGAUCCAUCGAUAGGAUCCAUCCCUCCUGCAGAUGAACCCCUAUCGUCCGAGGAGCCUUCACCAGCACACAGCGGUGGUAGUCCAGAGAAGCAGGAGUUCGUUCCAGCUGUACGAAGGAAUUCAAUGCCUACUGUGCUAGAAAAUGACUCUGAAGUUGAAGCCAAGUAUGAGGAAGCACACCGACGCAAUAGUGUACUCGGAAGGGAGCUUGCCAGUGCUCACAAGCAAAUUGGAGAGCUUAAGCCACUUCAGGGUCAGCUACGCGAGACUGACCUAGAAGUGCAGCUACUUCGUGCAAAGGUGGAGGAGCAAGCUCGUGAAAUUGCUUCUUUCGCCGAAGAGCGUGAAGAGGAGCGCGAAUUGAUCGCAAGUCUACGCCACACAAUCGAGAUCUACCAAACUCUGGACGACCCGUGCGCCAGAAAACGCGAUGAGAUGCGAUCUGUGACCACCAGAGCAGAUGACGACAUACCCGUAUCACCACGAAGUUCACCUCGCCGACUGUCGGACAGGAAUCGGAGACGAGUAGCUGCCUCAGUCCCACCGCCACCUGGAGUAUUACCAGCUGACACUUCUUAUCCAGCGUUGGAAGAACGCUUCAGUCUUCGCGAUGAAAAUGACCGCCUUGUUGCUGAGUUAGAUCAUCUCGGGCAACAAGUGCUAAAUCUCAAGCUCCUGGAUGGAAUCUCAAGGACAGUUCGCUCACCGAAGAAGACUCCACAAGGUGGCACGAGCUUUGCGAGCUUGUUCACGUCUGCACCAGUAGAAUGCCAAAGCCAGACUGAGUUAGCUACCGGCACUGUUGGUCCAGUGGGCUAUGGAACUAGCUCGCGAAUGAGAUUCCUGGAGCAGCAAGUAUCCGUGUUGCAAGAUUUACUUCAUCGAUUUCGAGUUCAGUGGAAAUACGAGUGUGCAACACGACGCGCUGCCGAGAGUGACAAGGCCGACUUGCUUCAGCGAAUGGAAAAGAUGCAGACGCUUCUGAGACGCCAGUGUCUUUCUUGCGAAAAAGAGCGUGAGGACUUACUAUCCGAAGGUGACGAUACCUCGUGGGAAAACUCGGCAGCAGUGUACGAAACCUUGGUGGAUCAUACGGCAGAAUGCCAAACCAAAGAAGAACAAGCUGAGGCUGAACACAUUUGCUUUUCCAUUCUGCGUCGUCUAGUAGACAGCUGGACGACUGACAAGGCAAAACGAAUGCGACUACAUGACUGGCUUACGAACGCUAUCCGCGGCACAGGAAAGCGUCGUCCUCUAUAUCUCUAUGGACUUUCAGGCGAGAUUGCAUCGGGUUUCCAGGUUUUGCUAGUGCCCAUAUUACGAGAAAAAUUUGGAGUCGAGGUGCAGAUUGAAAAGCGUCUGCGCAAUGUGAUCGUGACCGACCUGAAAAUGCAGGUUACAGGAGCUGAUGCAGCAAAGGCUAAAGCUUGUUUGCAACGUAUCAGUCGCUCGCUGCUGUGGCUCAUCGAUGUGGAAUCUGCACUUAUUGAAGACCAAGACUGGGUGGGCGAGUAUGCACGCAGAAAAGCGGCUAAAAUGUGCGCCAACAUUUAGUCAUAAAGUAACUUGUGCAUUCAAAAUUAAUGUUGCUUCGCUUGAUCCGUUCUUCUGCAAUCAAAACUACCGUAGUCGUCCCUUCGCCUCGCCAUUCUUCAGACAACGCUCGUAAAUAAAUGCUGGUCUUCAGCAGAAUGGAUCUCGGG